CAUCAUCAUCCGUCACUGCCGCUCCUGCGCGGCUUGUAAAACCAGAGAAGAGAGGAGAGACGAGCCGUAAAGUCAGACUGGGUUGAUUUUACAAGGAAGUCUGGAAACGGUCCACAAAGGCUUAUCAAAACUCAGAGAUCCUCUUUUUAUUGCUACUAUUCCAGGCUAAACACUGGCUCAGAGUUUGCGGUCAGCCGGUAAACAGUAGGCGGCCCAGAGCGCUUCUACCAGCUGGACAAACAAUAACAAUCCCUUUGCUGUCACAUCAUGAACCCUGAAUAUGACUACUUAUUCAAGCUUCUUCUGAUUGGAGAUUCUGGAGUCGGAAAAUCUUGCAUUCUAUUGCGUUUUGCAGACGACACCUACACAGAGAGUUUCAUCAGCACGAUCGGAGUGGAUUUCAAGAUCCGAACUAUUGAGUUGGAUGGGAAAACUAUUAAACUGCAGAUAUGGGACACCGCUGGACAGGAGCGAUUCCGCACGAUUACAUCUAGCUACUACAGAGGAGCUCAUGGGAUCAUUGUUGUGUAUGAUGUCACGGAUCAGGAGUCCUACAACAAUGUGAAACAGUGGCUGAAAGAAAUCGAUCGCUACGCAAGUGAGAAUGUCAACAAACUACUUGUAGGAAAUAAGUGUGACCUCACUACAAAAAAAGUUGUGGACUACACUACAGCUAAGGAGUUUGCUGACUCUCUUGGCAUCCCUUUCCUUGAGACGAGUGCCAAAAAUGCCACGAACGUGGAGCAGGCCUUCAUGACCAUGGCAGAGGAGAUAAAGAAGCGCAUGAGGCCGGGGGCUUCAGGGGGUUCAGAGAAACCUGAUCUUAAAAUUGAAAGCACCCCGGUGCAACAGUCAGGCAGCGGGUGCUGUUAGAUCACUGUCAUAUUUUCUCAGGGAGAGUGAUGAGCAGGACUGGAUAAUGAGGCGGAUUGUGUUGAGGUGGCCAAUGUGGGUAUUAACAACAGACUAUAUCCUACAUGGUGCUCAAUAAAGUCUGAAAUCAUUACUGUUGUUUAACAAAAACAUUCAUGGCUCUUCCCACAUUUUUGUUGUCUUUGAAAAUAAGACUAAAGCACAGGCACACACUGAUGCAGGUAUUUGCCUGAAAAAUGAAGGUGAAAAUGUCCAGAUCACUGUGUUAAUAGCUGUUAACUUUCACAAUUGACCCAAUCAUAUGAAAAUUCAUAAACAAUGAACUGGGAUUUGCAACUCGUUAAAGUGGUGCCUUUUCUUGUUCAUGCUUUUAAGAAGAUCAAGUGGUUGAGCGGUCAUUGCUGGCAUUGUUCAUCCGCAUGUUAAAGCAGGGACUCCAACAUUCUCAUUUGGAGUUUUACUGUGGUUCUGUGAGAAUAAACAAUGUUGUUUUGUGUGUAUUUGCUUCUACUUUCAUUUUUGUGUGUGCCUGUGACUGCUUUAUUAUUGUAUAUAAAGGGAGCUUAAAAGAUAGUUUACCUAGAAAUUAAACUCAUAAUUGAUGUCACUU